UUAGGAUAAAAGGAAGUACAAUGUUCCUUGAGAUAUUAUAUAAAUAGGGUAUGACAUUCCCAGUGUGUUCCCAACAAAGUUAACAAACAAUAUCAAAUCAAUUGUAUAACAUGUUAGGGUGGAGACCUUGGAGAACAAGAAUUCCUAAUGCUUUGUCCAUUGUUGAACUUAAGGUGCAUAUGGAUUGCCAAGGGUGUGAAGAAAGAAUAAGAAGGAGGAUCUCCAAAUUAAAUGGUGUUGAUAGUUUGGAAAUAGACAUGGAAAAGCAGAAAGUAACAGUUACAGGAUAUGUAGACAAAAGGAAAGUAUUGAGAAUUGUUAGAAGAACAGGAAGAAAAGCUGAGUAUUGGCCAUUUCCUUAUGAUAGUGAAUACUAUCCAUAUGCUUCUGAAUAUUUAGAUGAAUCUACAUUUACAUCUUCAUAUAAUUACUAUAGACAUGGUUUCAAUGAGAGUGUUCAUGGUUAUUUUCCUGAUCAAGUUUACUCAACUGUGCCUGAUGAAACUGUUUUUCUCUUUAGUGAUGAUAAUGUUCAUGCACCAUGCACUAUCAUGUAGCUAAUAAUCAAAUUAUUAUAUUUGUGUUUUUCUAGCAUAUACAUAAGAUCUUAUGGUGGUGCGUUUGAUCUAUUAAAAAUAAGGGACUAGACAGAACAAUUUCAAUUGCCUUAUUCCCGAGAUUCCACAAACAGUGGCCAAGGGAUAGGACAAAAACUAAAAAAUUUGUAAAAUAACUUUUUGUCCACUAAAUAUUGUACAAGACAAAAUUUGAUCAAUACCAUACUUUGUAUUGUGUCUUUGUAUUGUUUUGUUGAUCAAACGGACCCUUAAUUACACUUGUAAUGUAAUACAUGUUUUGGAACUAUGUACUAUAUUUCAUAGAUCUAGCUGAAAUUUUGGGUGCCCUGAAUUAAUGUACUAUAAAUUGAUGUUAUAAUAACUUAAAUUUUUAUCUCA